AUGGAUAUUUAUUAACUAUUAAGUUUUGAUGGAUUCAAUAACACCUUAGAGAUCAUUCUUAACAAAUUAGCCUGUUAGAAAUUGUAAUAAAUACAAAACAAUUUAAAUAUUAUUUGCAUUAUUGGAUCUUAAAAAUCUGGCAAAAGUUGGUUAUUGAAUAAGUUGUUUAUGCAGGGUUAAGGUUUUCAAUCUAGCACUAAAGUAUCAAUCAUAAUAAAAUCAAGGGAUUCUAUUAUACAUAUGAUGGUUAAUUAAUUAUAGAUACAGAAGGUUUGGGUUGUGGUGAUUAAAGAAAAGAUAUGUAAAUUAUUUUACUUGCUUCUCUAUUAUCAAGUGUAGUAAUCUAUUGUGGUAUUUUAUAAUAAUAAAUAUUCUUUAAGGUUAUUCAGUUGAAGAUUUUGAAUUAAUGAUUAAUCUUGAAGACUAUGAGGACUUUUUACCUCCUUUUAUUUGGGUUUUAAGAGAUAUACAUAAUAAAGAUGCACUCUAGUCUAAAGAACUACUUGAAAGAUAAUUUAAAUCAUAAAAUAGAUUGAAGAAACAUUUACUUAAACUUUUCUCAGAUUUUGUUACUAUUCCAUCAUCUAGUGAAAGUAUUGAAUUUAUAGAUUCUAUGGCUUUAUUAAGGAGAAAAGUGCUUAAUUAUGCAAAACCAAAGAAAAUCUAUUAGAAUAUAUAUUUGAAUGGUCCCCUUUUGGUGGAUAUGAUUUAAAUGGUUGUUACUAAAUUUAAUACAAAUUAAGCUGUUGAUUUAAGAUAAAUUACUGAAAGUAUUGUAGACAAGUAAUCUACAGUUCUUUUGAAUGAUGCAUUUAAAAAAUAUGAAUAAUCUAUUAUGUAACUUAAAUUACCAACAUGUUCAUUUGAAGAAUUAAAAAAUCAUCAUAAAGAUUCAGAACUUAAGGCUUUAGAAUAUUUGAAAUCUAAAAUUAAUGAUAAAGAUUUAAAUGAUGAUUUACAUUAAAUGUGUAAAGAUACAUUCAAAGAGAUUUGUAAAAGAAAUGAAUAAGAAGCAACUAAUUUAUGCAAUUAAUUUAUAAAUUAAGAAUUUUAAACAUUAUAAAAAAGAUUAUCUGAAUAUAGAAGUAUUUUAGAAUUUGAAAGAGACAUCAAAUUAUUUUAUUAAUUUUUAUUAGAACAUGGACCAAAAACUGUAUUAAAAUAAUAAGUUUAUUAAGAAUUUUAUAAUAAAAUGAUGACAGAAGGUACAAAUAUGUUUAUUAAAUAAUAAAAUUAAUAAUAAUAAUAAUAAUAAUAAUAAUAACCACUUUAAAUAAAGAAUGAAAAUAUUACUACAGAAAAAGAUAAAACUAUUAAUGAACUUAUAUGUAAAGUUAAAGAAUAAGAAAAUAAAAUUUAUUCUUAAUAAUCAUAAAUAAAAUUGUUAGAAGAAUAAUUAUCUUCUUCAGAUAAAUAAUUAGAAAUUUUAUAAGCUGAAUUAAUAAAAUAAAAAGAACUACAUUAAUAACAAUUUAAAUAAUUUGAAAGAAAUCUUUAUCUAAAAGAAUCUGAAUUCAAUAAGAUGAAAGCACUUAAUGAAUAAAAAAUUCAACAUUUAACAAAACAAUUAGAAUAAAGUUAAAGAAAAGAAACAUAAAUGGAUUCAUCAUUUCUUUCAACAAAAUCAGAAUAUACAAUUUAAAUUAGAGAUGUUUAAUAAAAAUAUGAAUAAAUGAUUACUUAAUUGUAAGAAAGACUUUUAGUAUAAACUGAUAAAACUUAGUAACUUUAAGAUCAAUUAAAUAAUUUAGAAUAAUAAAAUAAUUAAGUUUAAUUUAAAUUAUAAAAUAAAGAAAGUAAAAUAUAUGAAUAUUAAUAAUAAAUAUAAAUUUUGAAGAAUUCAGUAAUUUAAUUGCCAUAAAUUGAUAAUUCUAAUAAUGAAGAAAAUGAAAAAUAAAUAGUUAAAUUGAAAGAGAUAAUUGAAUAUUAGGAAACACAAUUAAAAGAAAAGACAUCAUAAUUAAUAUAAUUAAAAUCAAAUUUAGAAAGAGAAUAAGCAUUAAUUGCUUAAGAUAAACAAUUUUUAGAGAUUUAACUUAAAGAUUUAUCUGAAUAAUUAAAGGCUGAAAAAAAGAAUCAUGAAUAAACAUUAAGUUUAUUUGAAAGUUAAAAUGAUGUGAAUAAAAGUUAAAUAUUCUCUAAAUAAUAUAUGGAAAUGAAAGAUAUGCAUUUAAAUGAAAUGAAAUAAUUAGAAUAAGAAUUUGAAAUUUAAAGAAGAAAAAUGUAAUAAUAGAUUGAAUAUUUAAAUUCAGAAUUAAAUAAAACUGAGAGUUAAUUAUUAUAUUAAUAAAAUGAUUUUACAAGAGAAUUGUAAUAAGCCUAAACAUAGAUUAUUAAUUAUGAAGAUAACAUAUAAAGAUUAAAUAAAGAAUUCUUAUUAUUAGAAUAAUAAAAAACAAGAAUUUAAAAAGAAUUAGAAGAAAAAUUGAUAUUAAAAACAAAGAAUCAUUAAAUAGAAAUUGAGGAAUUAAAAAAAUAGAAUUUAAAUGAGUAUAAAUUAUUAUAAAAUAAAAAUGAAGAAUAAAUUGCAUAAUUAAGAUAGAUGUAUGAUUUGGAGAGAUAAAAAGUUGAAUAAAAAUUUAUGGAAGAUAGAAAGAUUAUGGAAUAAAAGUAUAAUUAAAUGGUUGAAGAAUUAGAAAAUUAAUUUGACAAUAAUUAAGAUUAAGAAAUUUCAAAACUUUAGAAAAAAUUAAAAUAAAAUGAUUUGUAAUUAUAACAAUUAUCAUAACAUUGGUAAAAUGAAAAUGAUAUAAAAUAAAAAUAGAUUUUAACAUUAGAAUAAGUAAAUAAUUCUUUAAAAAUAUCUAUUCAAUAAUUUUAAGAUGAUUAAUUGAAUUUAUAAAAAUAAAUAUAAGAUCUACAUUAACUCAAUUAAAUUAAAGAGGAAGAACUUAAUAUAUUAAAAUAAUAAGGAUAGUAUGAAUCAUUAAAUCAUAUUAAAUAAGAUUAAAUAGAAAAAAUAAAAUAAAAUAAUUCUUUAGAAAAAUAGAAACUUACAGAAUCAAUUAUUGAAUUAAGAAAAUAAUUAGAUGAUGCAUAAGAUGAAAAUAUUAAAAUGAAAGUUGAAUAUGAAAAAUAAUUGGCAUUAAUUACAUAAGAAAAUGAAUUCAAUUCACAUAAAUUAGAAUAACUUUAAAUUUAACUAUAAAAUUAUGAAUCUAAAAAUUUUACAUAAUUAAUUAAAAUUGAAAGCAAUGUUGCAUAAUUAACAUUAGAAACUGAUCUUAAAGAAUAACAAUAGAAAUAUGAUAAAUUAAGAUAAUAAUAUAAAGAUUAAGAAAUCAAUAAUAAUAAAAUUGUUGUUGAUUUAUAAUAAUAAAUUGAAUAAUUAAAAUUGUAAUUACAAGAGGUAUUAAAUAAUUAAUAAAAGAAAAAUAUGAAUCUUCCAGUUUAAUAAAAUAUUGCACAAUCAAAUACUUAAUUAAUUUCAUAAUUAAAAUAAUAAAUUGAAAGUUUAUAAAGUGAAUUAUAAGAAAUGAAAUCAUUAUAUGAACGAGAUACAUUAUUAUGGGAAGGUAAAUUCAAAUUCUUAUAAUAAUAAAAGGAUCAAUCAAAAUAAGAUUUACAAGAGGCCAUGAAAAAGUUUGAGUUUACUAUUAAUCAUCUCUAAAAAGCUAGAGAAUAAGAUUUAGAAGAAGAAAGUAAUUCUAUUUCUGAAAUGUUGGUAACUUUAGAAAAAAAAUAUUAAUUAUAAGUUUUAGAUAUUACAGAACAUCAUUAAGCAAUAAUUAAUGAAUAUACAAUGAAAAUUGAAUAAUUACAAAAAGAAUUAACAUUAAAUAAUAUGUCAAAUUAAAAUUAUUAUAAAGGUGAUCUUAGUGAUAUCUCUUCACUUUAUGAAAAUCAAAUUGAAUAAAUAAAAUUAUAAUAUGAAACCAAAAUUGAAGAAUUAUACAUAAAUUAGACUGAAGAAAGGUAAAUUUGGAGAGCUAAGUUAAGUGAAGCAGAAGAAAAGUUAAAAGAAGCAGAGAUUAGAAGAUCAAAUAUGGUAUUUGAACAUGAAAAAGAAAAAGCUAAAUGGAAUAUUGAAAAGGAUGAAUUGAAAUAUCAGAAGAAUGAAUUAUAAGAAUAAUGUUCUAAUUUAGAAUAAUAAAAGAAUAAAUCUGAUAAAAAAAAUAAAAAAGUUGGAACGAUAAGAACAAGAUUAAGUCCUAAUAAAUCUCCAGGUAAUUAAAAAUUAAUAUUAUAAGGAACUUUUUCUAAUGCUUCAAAAUUAGGAUAAUCUUUUGAUACUUUUUAAUAAGCAAGUAUGGAGCUUCCUGAAGAAAAUAAAUCGAUUCAUUUAAAUCCUGGAGAAUCAUUCGAAUCUUAUUACUUAGCUUAAAAAAAGUAUGAUUGA